UUCGCCUCAAGAGGGGUAGAGAAACUUCGGGUGGCAGGCGUAACGCUAGCCACCCUGUGCGGGGUCCUGGAUGAGGUUGCCUGAAGGGACCGCAGAGGAUUGUGGGUCUUUCUUUCGGGUAGCUUUAGGCUGGACGGGCGGCUGCAGGAUGGGCAAGUGCCGUGGGCUUCGUACUGCCAGGAAACUUCGCAGUCACCGCCGGGACCAGAAAUGGCAUGACAAACAAUACAAGAAGGCCCAUCUGGGCACUGCUUUGAAGGCCAACCCAUUUGGGGGAGCGUCCCAUGCCAAAGGAAUUGUCCUGGAAAAAGUUGGUGUAGAAGCUAAGCAGCCAAAUUCUGCCAUCAGAAAGUGUGUCCGAGUCCAGCUGAUCAAGAAUGGCAAGAAAAUAACAGCUUUUGUUCCUAAUGAUGGUUGUUUGAACUUCAUUGAGGAAAAUGAUGAAGUUCUGGUUGCUGGCUUUGGUCGGGCGGGCCAUGCUGUUGGUGACAUUCCUGGAGUACGUUUCAAGGUGGUCAAAGUAGCUAAUGUCUCUCUGUUAGCCUUGUACAAAGGCAAGAAGGAGAGACCAAGAUCAUAAAACUCUGCUUUGUUAUCAAAUGCUCAAUAAAGUUUUUCUCCUAAAAAAAAA